AUUUACUUCAUGAACAGAUAAUACUUGGUAAAUAAUCGAAAAAAAUUCUAAUGUUAAAUCAAAACACGAUUUUGGAAAAACAAAUUUUUGCACAAGAAAAUGUUAAGAUGGUUAAAUCCCUUGAGGGGAUUAGCAUUUGGAGAUGAUGGUAGCGUAUCAACAAAUUCCCGAAUAACUGAUGAUCCAUUAGCUGCUUUGAAUACAACAUUACAUGGUCGAAGAAACAGUUCGAACGAUAUUUAUGCUGUAUCAAGGUCAGUGCUGCUUCCAAGGGUUGCACUUUCUUCUGUGGGACUAAACCCAUUAUACUUGGAUGAAACGGGCGGUACAUGUUUGGAGUGUCCAAAAUAUGAGGCAGAUAAACCGACCAUAACUUCAGGACGCAAUAAUCUACAACAUCAUCAUCGGCGUGGCUCCGAAUCACCUCCAUCUGCUGGAAAAUCAUCUGGCUAUGUCAGCCAACUGAAUUCACGUUCAGAUAGUAGUCACAGUGAUGUUGAUCCAAUUUAUAGUCGUCCAACGGAUAUCGAAAAAUUGGAAGACUAUCCGACACGAUCGAAUUCGAAAUCACCGAUUGAUCCACGACAAAAAUCCAAAUACUUAGGAUCAGUGAGCUCAUCUACUGGAUUUAUAUUGACAACGAUACCAGAAGGUAAAGUGGAUUUUUCUAUACCGCGUCCAGUAUGGCCUGGAGUACGCGGUAAUAACAGUAGUGACUCAGACGAUUCGUUAAAUAUUUAUUCUAGUUUAAACAAUUAUGUAACACAAUUACAAUCGCAUAGUGUGAACGCGAAUCAUAGUGAUACGCGUCGAGCAUGCGCACGAGAUUUACUCAGGGAAUUAUCGAAAACUUUAACUGAAGUGGUGGAAGGAAAAAAUGAACAAAGACCCGAAGAUGUGUUGAAAGGUUUAAAUACAAAAAUAUCUCAAACUUUAGAAGUGCUACAAACCGAAAACGACAUACGAAAUUUAUCACAUAUUAUCAGCAGCGGCGAUAAAUUACGUACCGUAUCGCGAGCAUUAUCACAUAAUUCCAGUGAUAGUCCUUUAUCCGAUUGGGAUCGUAUUAUUCGCGAGGAAGAAGUUUAUCAUGAACCAUCAGGAGUGUCGUCAGCAAGUAGUGGUUUCAGUGAUGUGUCACAAAUUUUCAAAAAUAAAAAUCUUGACGCGUCCUCACCACAAAAUCCACCACCUGUGUUUGUGCAUAAAAACUUAUCGAGUAUAUCGAAUGGGGUACGUAACGCAAUGAUUUAUGGUACACUGUGUAGAGGUGCUCAAAGGAUUGAUACGAAAUUUAAAUUAAUUGAUAAUUGUGAUGGUGCCGGGUUACGAAGUGUUCGGGAAAUAUCACAUAGUGAUAAACCAAGUGUUUGGGAACAUUAUUAUGGUGCUGGUUUUACAAACGGUGAUUUUAAAUUAUUAGCGAAGCCAACUGAUACGCCUGCCUUUCCUGCCGGUCGACCAGAAGCUGAUUUUACACUAGAUGUUCCACGUGCGGAAUUAUUAAUGCGACGCAUGAAAGCCGAUAAACGUUGGCGUUGUAAAUGUCGAAUAAUAACAUCGUUAUUAGGAUUAAUAUUUUUUCUAUUAACUGUAAUGGCAGUUAGUUUAAUGUUAACAAAUGGUAAAAAAAUGUUUGGUUCAAUGUUCUGACACACAACAUUCUGACCAAUUAUAAUUAGUUGACAAAAAAACACAUUUUUUGUGUUUUUGCCGAAUUUUAUAAUAUUUAGUGUGCCAUAUACAUUAUUUUAACUAUAGGCACUUCCAAAUUGAUCAAAUUAUUCAAAAAAUUUUAACUCACACAAAUAUGUUUGAUCUCGCGGACUUUCAAUUUUAUUUCAAUUC